GAGGACAGCCGUGGAGGUGGGCGCAGCAUCAUCCAGAGAUACAAAGAAGACGGCGACAAUGGCCGAUAUAUCGCUGUACCUCACGAACGUUAACGUGUCGAUAGGACAGACCAUGGACGUGGAGCAGACCCAGAGCACUAACCCGGGCAAAGACUUUGAGAGCGUGGAGCUGGGGGAGCUGGACAAGAGGGGGGAGCAGCAGAGGGAGAAGGCGCCCCGCAGGAUCAUCCACUUCUCCAGCGGGGAGACCAUGGAGGAGUACAGCACCGACGAAGAGGAGGGGGAGGACAGGGAGGCGGAGAGGAAAGACCUGCUGGCCUCCCCGGUCGAUGCGGUGAGGUCCAAGCUGACCUGGGGUCCGUUCUUCUGGUUUCACAUGUGGAGAGCUGCCACAUCCACCAUCUCAGCCUGUGACUACCUUGGGGAGAGGAUGGCCUCCCUCUUUGGGAUAACAUCAGCCAAAUAUCAGUACGCAAUUGACGAAUACUACAGGAUGAAGAAAGAGAGGGAGGAAGAGAAAGAGGAAACCCGGCUGUCGGAAGAAGCGGAGCGAUCCUUCGAGCAGCUACAGUCUCGGGAAGAUGAAGACGAAGCGAUCGCCAUGACGGGCCAGCCGGAGGUGGCCGCCGCUCACCCCGACGCGACCUAUCAGGUCGAGAACGAAAAUCAGGCACCUCCGAGCACCAUCGUAGUCCCUGCGAUCGUCACGGCAACCUAACCAUCCGUAGAAAUGGACGUUUGUGCUUCGAUGUCUGUAUGUUCGUUAGAGAAGGAACACUGUCUUGUUUCACCGAGUACCGUUUGGUUUGUGUACGACACAGCUUUGAUGGGCAGUGCUGCUGUAUUGUGGUUGUUUGGCAAGGACGGCGGUGGUGCAACGACUCCUCUGACUACUAAGUGUCUCUUUACAACUGUGUCGCAACUGACAAGGUAACUGCUGGAUAAUGGAGCAGCAUGUUUGGAUGUGAUGUAUUAUGAAAACACACAACAUGAGCCAGAAACUGCCAAUUUAUCCUCUAAUGCAUGGUUUAGUUGACAUUGUUAGCUCACUAGCAUUACAUUAUGCAGCAGCUAUCGUCAGUUGCUGCAGCAGCCCCCGAAUUUGAACGUUUGCUGUGGAGCGAAGGUUAAAUGUUGCUCCCCUGUGCCUCUGACGGACCGGACACUGUGCCUAAAUCACCAACACAGCCAAGUCAGUGGCAGAUCUGGACGAAGCACGUGUUUGAAAAGCGAUUUAAAGAGUUUGAAGAUGUAACAUGGCGUUUGAAUCUGACGCAUGCACAGCAGCUGUUUCGUCCAGAUCUGCUCGAACUGGUGCUUUCUCGGUACACCUGGCUGCACCAAAGAGUUGGCCAUUUUCACACUCCCCCCACCUGUUUAUUUGCGCUCUGAGUUUUUGUAUUAAUGCUUAUUAAGCUGGCACUGCACUCAUUGUCUGCGUGGAAGCACUGAGCAGUUUAAGCCUUGGUUAUCAAGUCAUCUGUGACCCAUUAGACUGGCAUUUUGUGAAAAAACCAUGAAAACGGGUUGAGGUGUUCUAUGUUGCUCUGAUUAUCUGCCUUAUCUACUAUGGACUUAAGCGUAGUAGAUGUGGCGUGUAUGCCUUUGAUAAUGGCAGGGAGCAUUUUUACACUACGUCUCUGUAAAGACUUGCAAACUUACAUUUUUAACUGUUUUUAGUACAAUUUUUGAUAUUUAUGUAUUUAUUUUACUGAACUGACGAAGCUCUUAAUUUAAGCUUUUUUUCUAUUGUUUAG